AUGCGCUUCCGACUUCAGUUCCUACUCCUCGCACUAUAUCCACCGACGGACAACGCUGCCGCCGGCUGCAAGUUGAAGGCAAGCGCGCUCCAAGCUCGUCUGCAAUUAUUGAGCGCCUUCCUCGAAGCGAUGGGCUACUACGGGAUGCUGACGGCAUUCGAAGACACUCCACGACAACCUUAUGUGCCUCCAAGAUCGCCCACUAAGCAUCUAGCGUACUAUUUGGGACUCGCAUCCGCCGACGAAGACCAGGAUCAAGAAGAGGGCCACCCUGGCAACACCACGGCGACGAAGAAGACAAGGAAAAGGCCCAAGAAAACACCAACGAAGACGCAGACGACCAAGAUGACGAAGACGACGACGAAGAGGCCGAUGAAAAUUCCCUUCUACCGAUAA